AUGUAUGUGUAUAUAAGGAUAUAUGAUGGAGCAUGUUUCUCAGGCUCCGUCGGGCCGCCGCCAGGCCUGGGCUUGGACUGUCAAGGCCCUUGCACCAGUGUGCUACAGCCCGGAGCACUCUGGACGAGCACGCUGUCUUUAUCGAUGCUUCGAGGCAACCAUCCGAAAUGUCCGUCGCUGCCCUUCAACUUUGGGGCCGAGUAUUUGUCCAGAGCAAACUUCCAGGACACCCGCAAGGAUUCGCCUUCGCCGAGUACUUCGUCCGGGGAUGCGCCUGGCGAAUGGAACUGGCCGCAAGGAACAACCUCGGUCAUGAUCAGGAACAUACCAAACCGCUACACGACAGAGGAGCUCUUAGAAGAGUUGGUUGCGAAGGGCUUUGCCGGCGACUUUGACUUCUUCUACCUGCCCAUUGAUUUCGAGACCAAGCGCAACAAGGGCUACUGCUUCCUGAACCUCCACACCCCAGAGUUGGCCCGGCGCUUCCGGCAGGUUUUCGUCUCCCAGAAGCUAGAGCGGUACAAGACAAUGAAGGUGCUGGAGAUUUCCCCAGCGGACACACAAGGCUUCGAUGCAAGCGUCCUGAAGUACCUGCAGCAACAGCCUUUGCCUUGGUGCUGA